GCUACGAUUAAUUUCAUUAAGAAAGAAUUUGACAGGGUUUUUGAAAUUAUUAGAGAUGAAUUGACUGUUUCUUACGAUAAAACUUGCUUAGCUGAUGCUUCUGAUUGGUUUAAAAAGGUUCUAAAUUAUAAUAUACCAGAUGGUAAAAAGAAUAGGGGUCUGUCUGUUGUAUAUUCUUAUAUUUUAAUGAAGAAUGAGAUAAAAUUUGAGGAUAAACAUUUAAAAGGUGCUAUGAUUUUAGGAUGGUGUGUUGAACUACUUCAAGCUUUUUUUCUUGUAGCAGAUGAUAUAAUGGAUAACUCAAUCACUAGAAGGGGGAGAUUAUGUUGGUAUCAGAAUGAACAUGUAGGAAACAUUGCCAUUAAUGACUCAUUAUUUAUGGAAUCAUCAAUAUUUUCAUUAUUAAGGAAACAUUUUCGAUCUGAAACUUUUUAUACAGAUAUUCUAGAACUUUUUUUGGAAACUAUAAAUCAUACAAUCUAUGGUCAAAGUUUAGAUGUAUUAACCCCAAUUAAUAAAAAUUUCUUGAAUUUUACACUAGAUAGAUAUGAAGCAAUAGUCAAAUAUAAAACUACUUAUUAUUCCUUUUACUUACCUAUCAUAUUGGCUUUUCAUUUAGCAGGAUUAUACAAUGAUCAAAACAAAGUCAUGGCAAAAAAGAUUUUAUACUACAUGGGUUACUAUUUUCAAGUUCAAGACGAUUAUUUAGAUUGUUAUGGGGACGCGAAUGUAACGGGCAAAAUUGGAACCGACAUCGAGGAUUUCAAGUGCUCCUGGCUGAUUGUUACCGCUUUGACCAAAGCCACCGAAGAACAAAUCCAAACUUUAAAAGACAAUUACGGCAAGGCUGACAAAGAUUGCGUGGGUAUAGUUAAAUCGAUUUACCGCGACCUCAAAAUGGAAGAGCAUUUCAAGGAAUUCGAAGAAAGGACCCGAUCCACAAUUUCGAAUCUCAUAGAAAAUGGAGGUAAAAAUCUUGAAAUAGAGGGACCGCUACCGAAAAAUUUUUGCGAAAUAGUGGAUAACAUAUUCACCUUUGAGAACGACGUCGAAAAAGCGCGAAAUAACGAAAAAGAUGGCGCAACCAUUCCCCCGGAAGUGUUUAGGCACUACGCUCGACUCAUAUUUGAGAGGGUUAGAUGAUCGCGAACGAUGAUACUCU